AUGUCGGCUAUCUUUGCUGCCACUCGUGCUUCGCUCCGCAACACGCGCGCUCCCACUAUGAUGCUUCGUCGUUCUCUGCACAUCGAGAACACGCCUGAGACUGUACUGCCUUUCCGCACUGGCAGGAAGCACAAGACUUUUGUGGGUAUCUCUGUGGCGUCUUUCUUCGCCACGGGUCUUAUUCUCCCAACUAUUGCUGCUCUCUACCAACAGCUCAAGCAGUAA